UGAUUUCACUAAUCCCAUUUAUGAAAUGCUACGUGUGGCUGACACUGACAAGCCUUGUCUUCAUCUUAUCUAUGAGAUGUGGGACACAAUGAUAGAGAAUGUAAAGAAAGUGAUAUAUACCAAAGAAAAGAAGCAAUAUGAUGAGCAGUCCACCUUCUUCUCAAUUGUUUUGGACAUAUUGGUUGACCGCUGGACAAAAAGCAACACUCCACUUCAUUGUCUUGCACAUUCUCUUAAUCCAAAGUACUAUCAUGAGAAGUGGAUCAAUGAGCGUGCUGGAUGUAACCCCCCACACAAGGACCUUGAGAUUUCACAAAUGAGAAUGAAGUGUUUCAGGAAAUUCUUCCCUAUUACUGCAGAGCUCAAUCAAGUGAAAGAUGAGUAUUCAAGAUUUGCUACUUGCUCUGAAGAACUCAAUGACUUUGACUCCAUUUAUGAUCGAUGGAUACUUGAUCCAAUAAAAUGGUGGGCAAAUCAUGGACAACCUAUUCCCAUGUUGCAAAAAUUAGCUCUUAAAUUACUCAACCAGCCAGCCUCGUCUUCCUGUUGUGAAAGAAAUUGGAGCACAUAUAGCUUCAUCCACAGCAUGAAAAGGAACAAGUUAACUCCUGAACGUGCUGAAGAUUUAGUCUUUAUACACAACAAUUUAAGGCUGUUGUCAAGAAAGGCAAAAGAGUACAAGUCAGGGCUGGCAAAGAUGUGGGAUGUUGGAGGAGAUGGCUUUGAAUCUCUAUCUGGUAUUGGCAUUCUAGAAGUUGCUGAUCUGUCGCUUGAUGAACCCCUGAUGGAGAGUAUGUCUUUUGAAGAUGGGGACGAGAGCAUGAGCGAUGAUAUGGAGAAUCUUGUGAUGGAAGAAGACUUGGGGUCUUGCUGCUCUAUUGCCUUACUUUCCUAUCUUUUCAUCAAUUAGUGGCUUAAUAUCUUUCUUUCCAGUUUCCAGUAUGAUGUAUCUGGCUAUCUUUGAACUCUAUUAAGUUAGUUAUUCUCUAAUUGUGGCCUACUGGCCUUAAGCCACUGCCACUAUGUUGCUGAAUAUCUAUGUGAUAUUUAUAUAUAAUUAUUAUUUAUUAA